AUGGUGUCCCGAAACAGAAAUAGCUUCCAGUCCAGCUCAGACUCCCUGUCUACAUGGAAAAAUGAUCUACAUUCACUCAAGCAACAUUCAUCAGAAAUCCAUUUAUUCCAGUUGGUAAAAUUUUUAGAUGCAAAAACUUACCAGAAAGAAUUGGAAAUCAGAGAUAUCCAAGCAGCUACUGUUCCGAUACUUAAAUAUCAUCCGCCAGAAUUCGAGUCGAACAUUAGUAAACUAGUUCCAGACUUAGGUACAAUAACGGUAGAAAAUGUCCAAGUCCAAAUGCCUUUACUGGAUAUUGAUCAACAAGGUCAAUUUCUCGUUAGAGACGAAAGAAAGUUAACACUGAAACAUUCAUUCCCGACCACGAAAUUUGGAAAUGAAGGGAAAAAAAGAGGAUGCUUUAUUCCUGAAGAUAGAUUACUACUCUGUAAAUACCAAGGCAAACAACUUUUUGUUUGUAAACUUGAUGGAUCGAACUCCAGCGUGAUUAAUUUGGAUAAUGAAAUAUUCAGUAUAAGUUUAUUUGACAAAACCCAUGCUGUCGUAUCUGUUGGUGUUGCAGGUAUCCAGAUCAUCGACCUGACAUCAAUGAAGCCUGGUAUGAGAAUUAAAGUUGACGGAUACUGUUCGGGAAUCACCAGCGUAAAGGAUAAAAUAUGGGUGAGAAAUAAAACUAACACGUUAAGCCUUGUGGAUAUCGAUGGUAAAGUUCUUAAAGUUAUACAAACAACAUUUGGUCCUUAUGAAAUCUGUGCCAAUCAGGAUGGGGAUGUCUAUUGUACUGACAGGAACAGUGAUAACGUAUACGUUGUUACAUCGGACGGAAAAGAACGUGAGAUAUACAACAGUCCUGACCUGGAAAGUCCUAAUGGUGUAGCUGUAGAUGACCAUGGGGAUGUGUAUGUAGCAGGAAAUACAUCAAACAACAUACAUAGAAUAUUUAAUGAUGGACAGAAACAUGACAUCGUCUUGACAGCAGACGAUGGUAUCAAUCGACCGAGCGGCUUAUCUUACAACAAUGAAACAAAUGAAUUGUUAGUCCUACACGACUAUAGUAGAUCUAUCAAUAUCUAUAAAACACAAUAA